CAGCAGCCUACGCCCAUUUCGCCUGUCGCCGGCGCUUCCGCUUCCGGUAGUCCCAGGCCGUGAGCGUCCGAGGCGCCUGCCAUGGCGAGGAGCCGGCUGGAGACCGUGGGCAGCGUUUUCUCGCGGACUCGGGACCUGAUUCGAGCUGGGGUGUUGAAUGAGAAGCCCCUCUGGUUUGACAUAUAUAAUGCCUUUCCCCCGCUGAGAGAGCCUGUCUUCCGAAGGCCCCGCUUGCGAUAUGGCAAAGCCAAAGCUGCCAUCCAGGACAUCUUGUACCCCGAGGACAGGAUUAGAGCGAAAUUUUACUCAGCCUAUGGAUCUGGUCAGAAAGCUUUUGAUCUGUUCAAUCCAAAUUUCAAGUCUACUUGUCAACAGUUUGUGGAGAAGUACAUUGAGCUACAGAAGCUUGGAGAAACAGAUGAAGAGAAGUUAUUUGUGGAAACAGGGAAGGCUUUAUUGGCAGCAGGUGUCAUUUUGAGAAGAGUAGAAGCAAGGACUCAAAAGGAAGGUGGUCACGUUUCCUGGGAGUCUGAACCCACGGGUGUCAAACCACAAACGGUAUUGGAAAAAAACCAGCCUCUACAAGAAGUUCCACAGGACCAGCAUUUGGAGACAUCUGAAGAACAGCCGAAAGGUCUCUCACCUCCCUGAAGAACUUGUAUACCGUGUAUACUGACAUUCAAACUGUAUUCAGUAGAUGCAUGUUGAACUGUUUUUAACAGUUGGACUGUGUAAAUGUUUCCCAGUCUCUAAGGCAUUAUGUUUGCCUUCUUUUAGUUCCUAUUUCUAGGUUGUCAUAAAGCUGAGUUUCAUGGUUUGAAUGAACUUUUAUGUUAGGACGGUGUUAAAUAAAGAAUUCCCUGGCUGCUUAUAAAGUAAAUUUACUUUAAAAUUGUAAAUAGCAUGAAGAAACCUUUAUAAGUAUGGUUUGAAUGGGACUUGUUCUGAGUAGGUCUGCUUGGAUUUCUGUGUUAACAUGUGGGUUGGCUAUAUCUGAUUCUCGGGUAUCUUUCUCUUUUUUGGCCCCAUCAGGCUUUUACUUGUGCAUAUGGUAU